AUGGCGAACCAACCGCCCACCGGCCGCCCGUGGUUGCUCCGGCUCGCCUCGCAGGCCCGCUUCGAUGUUCCAGCGCCUCCACCACCACCACCACCUCAGCCUCAGCCGCCAGCACAACCCACUCAAGCUCUUCCUAGGCCUCUUACAGCACCGGCCCCGCCUGCUCAGCUGGUGCCGACGCCACCUCCGCCGGCGGCAUCUGUAUCACAGACGGAAGAGACAACGCUACGACCCACGGCAACGGUGGCGGUCAGUGCUCCUCCUGCAAGGACGAAUGGCGACGCCGCAGAGGUCGUUAAGAGUCCGGUGGUCUCCUCGCCGAUGGCGCCGCCACCUCCAUUGGCAGUACAGUCUAUCAUACAGCCGGCCGAAAUAGCGCCACUCCCCGCCGCAAUGGUCGGCGGAGCUCCACCUCGGAGGACCAACGGAGACACCACAGACAUUGUGCGAAGUCCUGCGACCACCUUACCGACGGCGCCUGAGCCCGCACGAGAGCGGCCGCGCUCCCCGAGGCCGAUAGCAGAGGUGGCGGCGCCAACGCGGGAGCGCUCGCCAUCCCCAAAGCCGAUAGCAGAAAUGGCGCCACCGGCACGUGCGCGCUCGCCGCCCCCUGCGACGCUGCAGGUAGACGCGGUAGAGCCAACACGCCCCCGUUCGCCUUCACCGAUACUGUCCGUGGCGGCGCCGACGAGAGCACGUUCUCCUCCGCCGUCGCUGACGCCGGUGGAGGCGGUGAAGACGCAGAUUGAUGCAUCUCCGGCGCGGCUCCGUUCGCCAUCCCCGAGGCCGGCAGAGCAGGCGGAGCGCAAUCGCUCCCGCUCGCCAUCCCCGAAGCCUUAUACGCCGCCGCCGCAACCCUACCACCCGACGCCCGUGGCGACGAACGGAGUCCCAACCCCUCCCCCGUCGCCGAAGGUCAUCACGACUUCGUCCCCGACGCCACCGCCGUCUCCUAAAAUCACUCCGGUGCCCGAGCCAAAGCCCGCACAAGAAGCAGGGGACGAGCCGCAAAAGACAAAGAGAUCAAUCGGCACAACCACGGCCGCGAAGAAGGAAGAGUGCGAGAGCGAGAUGAGGGCAGUCACCAUCGCAGGGAAGAACGUGGGAGCGGUCAUGGACUUGCAGGGAACGCCUUCCUACGGCGGCCUUCGCCGGGGCAGAAAGCUCGACGGCGAAGGACAGAGCAAGGAAGGGAACAAGGAGACGAUGAAGGAGGAGAAGACAAUGGUGACACUGGUGAACAGCAACGUGCAGAGUGUUAACAAUUCUCUCCUCCUCAGCGCCUCCUGCAGCGUCGGCAGCCCGGGGGUGCACGCCAGUCUCGCCAGCCGCCGCCGCCUCCUGGGCAAGAACUGA